CGAUGGUGUCUUCAACUGUAAAGAUGGAGAAGAUGAGUACAGAUGUGGAGCAGCAGUGACUGAAAGAUCACAUUAACACAGUUAUGUACAACAUUAUAUUUGUACAAGUCAGGCUGAGUGGCAAAAGGGCUGUGCUUCAGGUGUUCAGUUUUGGAACCUGGCGGACUGUGUGUUCAGAUGGCUGGAAAGACAAUUAUGGGAGUGUUACAUGUAAAUACUUAGGAUUUUCAAGUUUUGUAAGUUCAUCUGGGUUCCCAGUGGCUGCCAUUGAAAAUGAGUUCCAAAAAUACUUUGUUACUGCAAAUCAUUGGUUAUCAGCUGAUCAGCUAACAUCACCACAGAAUACUACCCACUUACGAGAAGAAUGUACUUCAGGCAAUGUAAUUGUCUUAAAAUGUCUAGCAUGUGGUACCAGGUCUAGGUACACCCCACGUAUCGUUGGUGGAAAUGCAUCACUGCUCCAGCAAUGGCCAUGGCAAGCCAGCCUUCAAUUUCAAGGGUAUCAUUUGUGUGGUGGGUCAGUCAUCACCCCCUGGUGGAUUGUUACAGCAGCCCACUGUGUUUAUGAUUUGUACCUACCUAGAGCUUGGAGCGUACAUGUGGGUUUUGUAAUCCUGGAAGAAAGUCCUGUUAAUCCAUACUUAGUGGACAAAAUUAUAUACCAUAAAAAUUAUAAGCCUAAAACAAUGAAAAAUGAUAUAGCACUGAUUAAGCUGGCUAGUCCACUUGCACCAAAUGGUCUUAUAGAGCCAAUUUGCCUUCCUAAUUUUGGAGAACAUUUUCCAGAAGGAAAAAUGUGUUGGAUAUCAGGAUGGGGAGCAACAGAAGAAGGAGGUGAUACUUCAGAAUCCAUGAAAUAUGCUGGUGUCCCUUUAAUUUCUAACAAAGCGUGCAAUCAUGGAGAGGUCUAUGGAGGAAUUGUAGCCUCAUCAAUGCUUUGCGCAGGUUAUUUAAAAGGAGGCAUAGACACCUGUCAGGGAGAUAGUGGGGGGCCACUGGCAUGCAAAGAUAUGAAUACUUGGAAGUUGGUAGGAACAACCAGCUUUGGGGUGGGCUGUGCAGAAGAAAACAAACCUGGAGUCUACAGUCGCAUCACCUCAUUUCUGGAUUGGAUACAUGAACAAAUGGAGGUUUACUCUCUGACAGUUUAUUUUCCAGGCCUAGCUUAGUGUAUCCAGUGGGAGUAGUCAGGCAAUUAUGUUUCUUCUGCUCGGUUGCCACGUUUUUUCCCCAGGGGCAUCUAUGGCGAGGGAUAAAAAAGUCAAGAUGGCAGCCAUAACUGUGCUCAACACCCCAACCCUCUUUGACAUACAUCCAUGCACAUAAAAGGAGAUGGGCCUUCAAUCACAGGGUUGUGGUUGCCAUCUUGAUUCCCCCCUCCCUCCCUGCAGAUGUUCCUGUUUCUCUCUAUUGCAAGCAUGUGAAUGGAACAAGAGAACGGGAUUUUGCUUCAUCUGCAGUAUGUUUUAUACAACAUUAAGUUGGCCCGUAGGAGUAGUUGUUGAAAUCCAGCGUUUAUUAAGUAUGUGGGUGGGGAGAAACCAAGCCUGAGUCUUCAGUUCCAGGAGUAGGAGGAGAGAUUUAAGCAUGAUAAAAUGUAAAGAUGUACGUCAAGAGACUGAGCGCCAGCUGAACUUUGCUGACAUUUGGCAAGUUUGGUAGUCCUGCUGCACCCUAAUAUGCUUCUAUUUGUCCAGGGAUAAAACAGUAGAAAGAUUAGAUUUGCCAAGUUAUGUUUAAUCAUUUCCUGCUUGGUUUUGCAUUGCCAGUUAGAGGCAAUUAUUUCAGGAGCAUGAGCAAAUAUUCCUAAGAUAAUGAGAGGCUUCCUGCUGGGCACCUCCUUCACUUAUCUGCAGAAUGGCAAACAGCAUAACUCUUACUCAGCAGUCCUUGCUUGGUCCUUAGGCUAUAGGCACUUUACAAUGGGAUGCAGUAAAGGAAUAUGUGGACAUGUAAUACAGGCAAUCCCUGGGUUAAGAACAAGUUCCGUUCCCAAGGUCUGUGUUUAAGUCAAAUUUGAAUGUAAGCUGGAGCAAGUAUUUAGAGUCAGUUAGGAGAGAGAGAGAGGGAAAAAAAUCUGUCUGUGUGUAUGUCUGUAGGUAUGCUUUGUAGCAUACCAGAAAGAUCAUGAUUAAAGGUUAACACUUACUCUUGUUGUAUAUUACCCUGCGUACUGGAAGGGGUAUGUCUUGCAGACCAGAAGGGGCAUUCAUGAGGUAAAAUUGCAGAUGGUGUUCUUCUUCCUCACGCUGAUGAACCACUGAAGCCACCUAAUGCUUUCAUGAACCAUUGAAAACAGGCCGUACAAUGUAUUAAAAAUGCACAACUACUUCAUGACACCCAUGGAGGCAUUGUGCGGCUUUGGCAGUUUGUUGGAUUAUGGGGAGGAAAGCACCAUCUGCCAUUUUGUGUCAGAUCUCAUUGCCGGUCAGCUGUCUACCAUUUUAAGUACUGUAGACAGCCCAUUCACAACCAUGGGUUGUUCAUAAGCUGGAGGUUUGUAACCUGGGGACUACCUGUAAAACAAUGUAAGGACCAAGUGUGGGUAUCAUGAGUGAUAUGCCCAUGGGAACUGUGAUGCCAAUCCCUGACUUCGAUAACUGCUGUCAAUGUAUUAUUAGUGAAUAAUAGAUGAACCAACAGCCACAAUUUUAAAAAAGACAUUGAAAGAAGUUUAGAAUGUAAAGACACUUUAGGAAGGACACUUGAUAUACAUGAAAGCACUUUCACAUGUUUUGUCUAUAUAUGGAUCCUCUGAUUCUUCUGAGUCAACAACUUUCCAUAAACUUUUGGGAUGCUGCUUAUGCAGAACUACGUGGAUGUGGCUAGUUCACAUAAGUAUUAUCUCCA